AUGUUGGUUAGCAACAAGCAAAUGACGCUCACAGUGUUACUGCCAGAACAGCCAGACAAUGUGCCAGAAAUGCUCACCCAUCUUGACUCUCUCAACAACUAUUGGCUUACUGAAAGCCUAUGGAAGAGCUGGUCAGAUUAUGGUUGGACACACAUUGCACAUAUCUUGAAAUGCACAAUUGAUGGUGUGAUCCUGACAGCAAACCAUCUGGAGUCCUUCAAUGGUGUUCUGAAGGGAGCCAUCACAAGCGCUGACAGAAAGGCAGCCGUUGUCUUUGCAUGGAUGUCCUCCUCAAAGCACUGGUCAUGUCAAUACUGCUGUCAAUCUUUGAGGAGCAAUGCAUCUACCAGGAUGACACAAAGGAAAAUGCAGGAUGAGCAUGUUUGA